AUGUUAUUUCUUUUUGCUUUUGCUCCACUCGCUCUCUUUGCGAUUGUCCACAUCUACCACCUCGCGAUGAGCUACAUCACUGCCCGCAAUUCAGCCUUCCUAUCAUUCUCCUUCCAAUCUCUUUCAAGGAUGUGUGAUGAAUGGCUAACGGUGGAUGAGAACAGAACGGCAUCACGGCUCGGCGAAAACUUCGUUCUCAGCUCCCCACCUAGUAACCAGGUUGUGACGUGCUAUCCUCCUGGAAUCAGCCGUAUUUUCGGAGACCAUAAGAAUUGGCCCCAGCCCGCGGCGCAGUCCCAGUUGUUCGCUUUCUAUGGUCAGAAUGUCUCGUCCACAAUUGGCACCGAGUGGCAACGGCAUCGCAAAAUCACGGCGUCGGCUUUCACCGAAAAAAAAAAAUGCAUCAACAAAUGCAUAUCCUCGCUGUUGUUGGGUUUGGCCCAAAACACUGCUUUGACUACGAUUCCGCCUGGCCAUCGACAGUCGCUAACGCAGUGCUUGGGCUUAAUUUUGAAGCAUGUCAUCCUGACGCUCGUCUUACAUGGUGUCAAAGCCCCUAAUUUCCUCCUUCCUAGCGUACUUCGACAAUUGAAGGUUUCGUUAGCUAGAAUCAAAAUUUAUAUGGAGGAAACGGUUCUCCGUCACAUGCAGCUCUCCAACGAAGAUAAACCCGAACCUCGAACAACCAGCCUUCUCCCAAUUUUCGUACCCUCCUAUCUGGCCGAGUCCAACUCUUCGACAAUGAAACCUGCCUUGUCGUUUCUCACUGCACACCCUGACAUACAAGACUGGGUGAUCGAAGAAGUCGCCACUUCCUACAGCUCAAAUCCCAACCGCGAGCAUGCUAAUCUCUAUCCAAAGCUUGUCCGUUGCCUUGCAUUGAUGUGCGAAACCCUAGAACUUCCAAUCACGACAUCAAGCAGUGAGACUACGAUUACAUUAAAUCCAGGAACAUUGGUCAACUCCCACUUCUAUGGCGCCCAUUUCCCACCCCUGCCGGAAAGAGGCGUGUUCUUGCCUUGGAUUUUCGGUUCUCGAGUUUGUCCAGGCAAGAAGUUCAGUCAAGUUGAAUUUGUCGCUAUUAUUACACACCUCCUUCCAGAGUUCCACAUUAAAGUACAGAGAUUCUAUGGAGAAAGCGUACAUUUGGCAAAGGCCAGCUUGAUGGGAGUACUAGACGAGAAGUACUUCAACAUAGUGCGCAUCUGA